UCUGUAGGGCUGACAAUACAAAGUCCUCAACUAAGCAAGAAUCUCUCAACCUUUUUGUCUCUCGUGCAAGAGUUUCAGGACUUUUCUUGGGCCUCUUGAAUUUUCCCAAAAAAAAAAAAAAAAAGGGUGAGAGAUUUUCUUCAUAUAUAUAUUUUCAGGUAUUUGACUUAACUUGCUUUCGAGCAAGGUGUUAAAAGUCAGGUUUGCUUCCAACUCCCAUAUAAUGGCAUCACCGCUGGUUAAGUCAAAUAAGAUGAAGAGGAUGGAAUCUAAGAUGAAGAGGAUGGAAUCAAAAAAGUCGCACUCGUGGUGGUGGGAUAGCCACAUUAGUCCCAAAAACUCGAAGUGGCUACAAGAUAAUCUUGAAGAAAUGGACCAGAAAGUCAAACUGAUGUUAAAACUCAUAGAAGAGGAUGCAGAUUCAUUUGCAAAAAGGGCUGAAAUGUAUUAUCAGAAGAGACCAGAGUUGACAAGUCUUGUUGAAGACUUUUAUCGAAUGUAUCGGGCAUUGGCUGAGCGUUAUGAUAUUGUGACUGGAGAACUUCGAAAAAGUAUUCCAUCUGAUCUCCAAUCUCAGGGCUCUGGAAUAUCUGAUGUGGAAUCUGAACCACCUUCUUCUUUGCCAUCUCCUGAUCGAGACCCGAGUCAUCCUAUAUCUGUUGCUCGCCCGGCUGGAUUUGUAUUCUUUCUUGGAACUGGCUCAGAUUUAAAUAAAGGAGAUGAUUCAUCUACGUCUGACUCUGAAUCCGAGUCGGAUGGUUCCUCCAUUAACAAUUACUCGGCCACACAGAGCAAUGAUGAGGAACAUGAUUUGCGUGGGAGGAUUAAUGAAUUAGAGACUGAGCCUUCGGAUGUGAAAGAAAGACUCGAGAUGCAACAGAAAGAGAUUUCUGAAGGCUCAUUUAAGAAAUCUGACAGCAAAAAUUCUGAAGCUCUUGCUAAAGUAGCGGAAUAUGAAGAAGAUUUGAGGAUUGCAAAGGAAAAUAUUCGGCAAUUUGAAGAAAAAAAUAGUCUUUUGUUGAUUGAGCUUCAAAAGUGUAAAUCUCUUAAAGUUCCUGAAGUUGAGCAAAAUCAGGUUAGAGAGCUUCAAGAAAGCAUCGAUGCAUCAAAAGCUGACGUUUUCGACCCAAUGAACGAAAUUCAGACACUAGAGGAGGAACUGAAAAUCACGCAAGAGAAGCUCCAUGAGUCAGAGAAGGAAGUUGCUAACUUAAGGGAUAAACUUGGGGGCAACAAGUUGUCCAUUCAACUUUUGCAAGAUCAGCUUAUAUCAUCACAGAAGGAGAUUUCCAUCUGGAUGAUUAAACUCGAGAAUGAGAAAAGCGAGGUUUCAAAGCUUCAGGAUUUAAUAGAGAGUUACAAAUCCAAUCUUGCUGACAGAGAUCAAGAAAUCCAGGGACUGAAAGAAGCAAUAUCGAAUGCCAGUAAGAGCUUGUCUGAAGAAAAUAAGCAACUUCAAUCAGAUUUAACUACAAUGUCGAAGGAACGAACUUAUUUGGAGAAUAGCCUAAAAGAGUUGGAUUUACGCUGCCAAUCCUUAGAGGAAAAUGUCAGUCGAGCUGAAGCUGGAAAAGUAGAGAUGGAAGUUGUGCUACGAGCUCAAAUUGAGCAGUUGCAGGCUGAAAUUUCCAAGAAAAAAGACCACUUGGAAGAAUUAAAUAAAAUUCUUGAAGCCUUAAAACUGAAUCACAACAUGCUAAGGUCCGAGAAAGACAGUCUUGAUGCUAAGAUCAGUACACUUUCUGCAGAGAGGUGUUCGAAAGACGAUCAAAUCGAACAAAUGAAGAAUCAUUUGCAUCAGUUGCAUAUGGAGCACGUUGAAUUGAUUGUUGCAGCUGAAGGGGCACAUAAACUGGCAGAGAAGUUGCGAAGGAGAGUUAAAGAAUUGGAAACGGAGGUUGAGAGAAAAGAAGAAGUUAUUAGGGAAGGAGCGGAAGAGAAACGAGAAGCGAUAAGGCAGCUUUGCUCAUCACUUGAACAUUACCGGAAUGAUUAUCAUUGGCUUCGUCAGGUUGUUACCAGUCUCAAGCGACCACCCAUAAUAGCAUCCUAGUUUUAGUAACGUAGAAAUUUCUUAGGCUUCAACACAUCUUGCCUUGUCUGAGUCGCGUCUUAAUAAACUCGUUUAUUUCUACAUUAUCUGUUUUGUUUCGACAAUCCUCCAUCCUUUUGUUUAUCUAGGUGCAUAAAUAUCACGCCAAACAGAGAUUUGGUCGAAUAUAUUCCAUGGUUUUCACUUGUCCUUUGAUCGAGUAUUAAUCUAUCUACCGAUUGACUCUUGGUCGCA